GUUUUAAUGUGACAUCUUGUGGUUUGUAUAUUUCAGGUUGGCCCUUCAGUGUAAACUCAGUGGUCUGAUUCAGAGGACGUCUGUCUGCGCUUCAGUCUUCACAUUAGUGGCCAUUGCUGUGGACAGGCAGAGCAUUCAACAUGUUCCAGUAGUCAAAGUUCAAACCAAAACCCAAAAGUCAGCCUCCGGAGAUUAAAAGCACAGCUUUACCUGUCACCUGUAGAACAAACCGUGAAGAUCAAUGCAAUGUUCAAUGUCAAUGUAAAGUUAGUAAGUAAGUAAGGUGUUAUAUCUCAUACGGGUUUAUGAAGUGCUGAGGCCAUAUGUUGGACAAAGGCAUGCAUGGAAAGAAGAUACAGGAUGUGUGAGGAACCCUGUGGCCCUCACCAGCCACACUAUGAAAGGCCCAGAGACCAAGUGGCAACAUCUCCAAACUUGUCAGCACAAGCAGGUCGACAACGUAGUCCUGCCCUCUGCGCUCGAUCACAAGAUCAACAAGGACGAGACUGUUUUUCCUCCGGCACCACAUCGACCUGUCAGACCGAAGGAGAAAAAUCGAACAGCGAGAACGCACAGGACCUGCGCAGGUGUCUGAAACAAUCUCAAAUCCUCAUCAGAACACAUCUUUACUCUCAGCCAUGACUCUUUUUGGGGUUUCUACAGUCGGGUACGUUGGCACCCUGCUGCUGCUGCUGUUGUCCUCCUGGACUGGUUGUAGUCCUCUUCCAUCUCCUGAAGAGCAACGCUCCAUGGCGGUCGAUGUCGAGGAGACCCUUCUUCUAAAGCCAGAUGAAAACGUGGCCAUGCAGAAGAUUCUUGGGCAAUUUCUCAACAUGAUAAACUUAACAGAGCAGGGACCCAAGCAGAGGCCACGAGACACUCGCGUCGAGCCUCCCGAGUACAUGCUUGAGCUUUACAAGCGCUUCGCCACUGACCGUUCUGCCAUGCCCUCAGCCAACAUUGUGCGCAGUUUCAAGAAUGAAGAUCACUCCACACAUCAUGUGACACAUAAGAGUUUGCGGACGCACCAUCUUCUGUUUAACAUCUCCGUCCCGCGACACGAGCGCGUCGUCACAGCAGAGCUGCGCCUUUACGCACUUCUCAAGCGAGACACGAGCCAUCAUAUCAGCACGGGGUGGAAGGUGACCGUGUUUGAAAUGCAGAGAGGUGCCCAAUGCUGGAAUGCCGAGGAUGUCAAUGUCAGGGCAGGUGAGGGAGAUCCGUGUGGAAUGCAAGAGUUGGCAACGAAGCACGUGAACCGUAAGGACAGUGGCUGGGAAGUCUUGGAUUUGACAAACGCCAUUCAGAACUGGAAAAGGUCACAAAGUCUGACCCUGAGGUUGGAGGUUCAUAUUGAAAAUCUCAAUCGUGACAAUACGGCAAUACCUCCGAGAAAUCCGAACGGCCUGCGAUUCGUAGACCUGGACAUUGACAGGAAUCCCAAUGGAAAACACGAGCCGGCGCUGAUCGUCUUCUCAGACGAUCAAAGAGAAGAGCAUUGGGAUGGUCGUGGACGACGCGAGCGAGAGGAGAACGAGCUGCCGGGCAUCAGUGGACACUGGACGGACGAGGAUGAAGAGCAGGAUGAGACCUUGUUAAUGCAGAUGCGCUCAAACGUGAUCUACGACGUCGGCCCGCGUGUCCGUCGCAGCGCUAAAGUGGAAGACUGCAGAAGGACUGAGAUGUAUGUCAAUUUUAAGGACAUCGGCUGGGAUAACUGGAUCGUGGCCCCAGCCGGUUAUCAAGCGUACACCUGCCGAGGUGCAUGCAGUUAUCCGCUCUAUGCGGAUGUGACACCUACCGAGCACGCGAAAAUCCAAGUGCUGCUUAAUCUGAAGAGUCCCAAAAAAGCCUCGAAACCCUGCUGUGUUCCUACUAAAUUAGACCCCAUCGCACUUCUGUAUGAAAAUAAUCAGGGCGUUGUGGUUUUACAACAUAAAUAUGAGGGGAUGGUGGUCGCAGAAUGUGGAUGUAGAUAGCCUAACUGAAUGAAACGGAAGGAUGUGACCUCAAAAACGUCUUUCAGUUCAUUUACCACAAUAAGAAAAGAUUGCUGGUGACUUACAAAUCAGACCCAGAGUCAGAUCAGAUACUGAAGGGGAUGAUGGAACGACAGGGGCCGUGCUUCAUGUACAUUUAUUCUUUCCCUUGCCCUAUUAUAGUUUGACAUGUUGCAAUAUAAAACACAACAGCAUGUUUGGGUGUGAAAUCUUUUGUCCUUUAUUAUUUUUAUUAUUGUGUUUGCUUGACUUCAUCAUGAGUUUGUCUGGAUGUGUAUGUUUAGUUAUUAUCAGACACCUGUUAAACUGUAUAUACAGUGAACGGUGUUCCCACAAAAUGUUUUGACCAAUGAGUUUCCAUAUGGCAUGGAAUGAUGACUCGAUUAGGUUACUUUGUAAUUAUCUUAUAGAUUGCACUUACAACGAUCGAUUUCUAGCCAAUUAAACAUUUUCGAUCUGAGCACAAU